AUGCAUACUCUGCUCGCCGGCGUCGCAAUCCUACUCCCCACCUUCCUCCUCCUCCGAUUCCUCGCCACCACAUCAAUCCGCCACAUCGUCAUCCAAUCCUGCCGCGCAAUCGCCGACCGUCUCCACCUCCACCAAACCUACACCGUCCCCCAAUUCGACCCAACAACCCUCCUCCCAAAUCCGCUCUACUCCAGAGUCGCCGCCUACCUCUCCUCCCUCCAACACGCCGAUUCCUCCGCCGCCGCCACCAACCUCCUCUCCGGCUCCAACCCUUCCCACGACAUCAUCCUCUCCCCGGACCCCAACCGCCACGUCAUCACCGACCGAUUCCUCUCCGCCCUGCUCUCCUGGUCCAACCACCCUGCUUCUUCCCCUGCCUCCGGCUGCAAAUUCGUCCUCUGCCUCCGCAAGAAGGACAAGCGGCGGAUCCUCCGCCCCUACCUCCAGCACAUCCUGUCCGUCUCCGAGGACGUCGGCAGGGAGAUCAAAUCAUUCACCACCCACUUCGCCCCCUCCGCCGCCGCGGCCGAAUCCCCGUGGAGGGCGGUCCCGUUCGCGCACCCUGCCACGAUGGAGACGGUGGUGAUGGACGCGGAUCUGAAGGGGAAAGUGAAAUCCGACCUCGAAUUGUUUCUGAAAUCGAAGCAGUACUACCACCGCCUCGGCCGCGCCUGGAAAAGGAGCUACCUCCUCCACGGCCCACCGGGGACGGGGAAAUCGAGCUUCGUCGCCGCCAUGGCGAGGUUCCUCUGUUUCGACGUUUACGAAAUCGAUUUUUCGAAAUUCGCCGACGAUUCGGAUCUGCUCAAGCUACUCUCGCAGACGACUCCCAGGUCGGUGGUCGUGAUCGAGGAUCUCGAUCGGAUUCUGGCGAAUUCGUCGGGGAAUUUGAGUUUGAGCGGAUUGUUGAAGUUUAUGGAUGGGAUUGGGUGUGAAGAGAGGGUGAUGAUUUACACGAUGACUUCAAAGGAGGGAAUUGACCCAUCGGUGCUGCGGCCGGGGAGAAUCGACGUUCAGAUCCAUUUUCCCCUUUGUGAUUUCCCGGCGUUCAAGGCCCUGGCCGGAAAUUACUUGGGUGUGAAGGAACACAAGCUGUUCCCGCAGGUGGAGGAGGUGUUUUUGUCGGGGGCGAGCUUGAGCCCUGCGGAGAUCGGAGAAAUCAUGAUCGCGAACAGGGGAUCGCCGAGCCGGGCGCUGAAAUCGGUGAUCACGGCUCUCCAGGCCGCCGACGCCGCCGCGAGCGACGCUCGGGCGGUUCGGUUGAUGAGGGAGAGCAGAGCGUCGGCUCUGCCGCCGACGGCGGCAGCAGCAGCAGCAGCAGCAGGGGAUGACGGCGGAGGAGGAGUGUUUUGCAGGGAGAGCGUCCACACGGUGAGGGAGUUCAGGAAAUUGUACGGGCUGUUGAGGAUCGGUAGCCGGCGGAAGGAGGAGAGCUCUGUUCCUUCGUCGGAAUUGGGCGGCGGCUCCGGCCCGCUGGAGAAGGAAGGGAGAAUCGAAGGAGGUGGCGCGAAAUCUUAG